AUGACGGUUGAUAAACUUUGUUUAGGAAUUGGUCACUUACUUGCAAAGCGACUACACGACUUGGGGUAUACAGUAUAUGCCGGAGUCCUCAGUAAGGAGAGUCCGGGGGCCAAAGUGUUACAGGCACGUCAGUCGGACCGGCUUCAUGUGAUCAAGCUGGAUGUCACUAAAGACGAUGACGUCCAAAAGGCUCUGGAGUACGUUAAUGCGACAGGACAAGGAUUAUGGGCCAUUGUGAACAAUGCUGCAAUAAAUUCCCCAGGUGAAGUCGAAUUAGCGACUGUGGAUCAAUACAGGAAAUGUGCUGAGGUCAAUCUGUAUGGCAUGAUCCGAGUUAUCAAGACGUUCCUUCCCAUGAUCCGGAAGUCAAAAGGGAGGAUUGUGAACGUGUCAAGUGUAAAGGGUCGAUAUUCAUGGCCUUGUAAUUCGGUGUACAUUGUAACAAAACACGGGGUGGAGACAAUGAGUGACUCUCUCAGACUUGAAAUGAAGAAGUUUGGGGUCAACGUCUCGGUUAUAGAACCCGGACAGUUUACAGAAGCCACAUCAAUCAAUGGCCCGGAACAGAUGAAACGAUAUAAGAAGGAGAUAGACUGCAUGUGGGAACAGGCAUCUGAGGAUGUCAGAGAGACCUAUGGACGUCCAUACUUUGAUGCUAUCUACCAGGAAUUGGAGAUAAUUAAUGAUCGAAGGUUGUCAGCAGAUCCAGUCAUUAACGCUAUAGAGGACUCCCUCAUUAACGUAUCACCAAAGGCCCGCUAUGUGAUUGGGGGAUCCUUCUCUGUCGUGGACGAGCUGGCGGUUCUUGCUAAAGUCUAUAACUUUCUUCCCGAAUUCAUAUCGGAUUGGAUCAUUGAGAAGAUGACUGGAUGUGGGUCAUUAAAAAGAUGA